GACAUAAUUUGGUGUACAUUUUAUACGUACGAUAUUGUUUUCAGAUGGACAAGGAUAUCUUGGAGAGCGUCCUGAAGAGGAACUGGAGAGAGGUUAGCUUGGAGAAGAUUGUGAGCGUAGAAAGUUCUCCAGCCGUUGGAAAACAUUUGAACUUUUUGUCAAAUGUCGACAGGCUCAACAUCAAAGCAAUCCUUGGCAAUGGCAGAAUUGCAAAGAAGAGCCUCAUUAUCAAAUUAUGCACAGUCACCGGCGAAUUUCAAUCAAAAUUCAAUGGAAAAUACGACACCUUCAAAACAGAAACCAUGAUGUACGACACACUAACAAAAAUCGAAUACCUUAUGGAAGAAUUUGAAGAUACCGAAGAUAUACUUUGGUGCAAAAUGGUCCACCAUAUCCCCUACAGCUGUAUCGUACUGGAGGAUUUAAAGGCCAGAGGGUUCCGUAUGGCUGAAAGAACACAAUUUUACGACUUGGAUCACGCUUUGUUAGCAGUCCAUUCCCUGGGGAGGUAUCAUGGGAUGUUUAAGACACUUGAGACGAGGGGAUUAUCUCCGCAAGGAUUAAAAACUUGGUACCUCUUCGACAGCGAAGAAAUGCAUGCAUAUUUUUAUUAUGACCUGGUAGGUCUGGUAGAAGCUGUUAAACGAUUGUGGAAUCCAAGCUGGACACCAAUUGUAGAAAAAAUAAAAAUUACCAAAACAGAACUCCACGAAAGGUUAAAAACAUUUAAAGAGUUAGACCAGACCAAAUUUAAUGUUACAAACCAUGGUGACUGCCAUAAAAACAACAUUCUUAUCAAAUACGAUUGGGAUAAAAAGCCGAUUGCUAUGAGAUUUGUGGACUUUCAACUAGUGCAUUACGGAUCGCCUUGCACUGACUUGACUUACAUGUUGUACCUGGCCGUUGAUCCAUGCGUUAGACGAGACAACUUCGAUCUCAUAUUAAAGACGUACCACAACUCUCUGGUAAACACCUUGGACAAGUAUAACUUCCAGGGAAACAAACCCGACAUGGAGGAAAUCAGGAACGGAAUGGAAAAGUAUUCUUUCAUGGGGUUAAUACUCUCUCUCACCUGGCAUCCUAAUUUGUUACAAUCGGAGAAGAGGGAAGAACUACGCGAUUACAAGAAGAUAGCAGCCACCGAAGGAAUGGAAGGACAUGCCGACGAAGGAUUCCUGCCUCAAGUUCUUGAGAGAAGUUUAGGACCUGAUAUAAUUGCUUUUGUGGAUAAGUUUUACUCUGAGAGUUAAUAAAUGAUUUAUUACA